AUCAUGCAGCAAGUGAGGGUUUCAAACACAAAUAUGGUUUUUGGUUCACAGGCAGGCUUUACUGAGGCUGGCAACCAGGGUUUGUACACGACAUGCAAUAGGAGCAAAAAUUUAAUAUUAAUAAGGGCCAUGUCAAAAGGGUAAAAAGCAACUGAAAGGAAGACAUGUGAUUACUGAAUUUGUGAAACAGCCUCCAUUUAAAAAGUAGCUAAAAAGAUAUGUCAAACAUGAAUUUUGUUAAAAUUUGUUCCUGAAACAGGAUAUUGGCAACUCUCUCCCCCACCUUGCCUCUUAAAUUACUUGCAGUUGGCUAAAAGAUCAGAAAUUCCCUGAUUCUAAACUAACUCUCAGAGCACAGAGGAGAGUACACUCUUGGUUUGUGUAAUAAUUUACAACAUUCUCUUUUCUUCUCUUCUUUUUAUACAGAAAAGCGAAGUUUUGAUCCAGAUCUUCCAUGGAAGGAGAAGCCAAUGAAAGUCAACAGUGUCAUUGAUGUGCAUAAAAUUGCACUGGAUAAAUUGCUGGUGAGACUUCACAAGAUGUAUGAAGCCAUUGGCCAAGCAACUCAAACAACGAUCGAUCCAACUUUGAAAGAUGAAAAAAUAGAGACAGUGAUGGGAAAACUUGAAUUGGAAGUGGAGGGAGGUUCAGCAAUGGAAAAACAGCAGCAGGCUACCCAGCCAUUGGUAUCAAAACGAGCCAGCCAUGUCAGUUUACCUCAUAUUGGUAGCCCAGCAACUGGACUAAAGAGCACAAUGUCCAUGGAGAAAUAUCCCGUAAUUAUACAUGAACCUACAGCUAUCAGGACGGCACGACGUAAUCCCAAAAAGCUUUAUCCCCAACAUUCUUCUGCAUGGUGUGAGGAAGUUGAAGAGAGCUAUAGAAUGCCGAGUAUUGUUAAAGCAAAAGCAAAACCUAAACUUCACAGAGCAAAGAGUGUUGUGCAGCCACGUUACUUGCAACGAAAACAGGAAAGUCCCAAAAAUGAGCGGCAAGUGUCAGAAUUGUAAGUUCUUCAAACAUGUUUCUUUGUUGUACAUGUACAUGGCUAUGCUGUACAAAUUACAUUCAAUUUGUUUUAUCACUAAGUUACAGAAAUCCAUGCAGUAAUAACUCUAUCUAUAUCCACAGCCAAUCCUACAUGGGUGCUGCAGUUACUUCUCCAGCCAGUUGCUGAGGCCAUCAUGCAUUGUCCCAGCAUUUUAUUAUACUUACUGUACCAUACACAUUGUACUCCAUAUUUUUACCAUCAACAGUAUAUCAUACUAUAUUUUAUUACUCUAUAACAGUACUACAUGUAUUAUAGAUCUUUGGAAAACAGUCCUAAGA